AUGGCGGGUUCAUCGAUGAGCAUUGAGGUUCAGCACCGCUACCAGCUGCGGUCGCGCAUUCCGCGACCUCCAAGCACCUUCAUGCUGUUGGCGCAGGAAAAGAGGCGAUCGGUGGCCGCUGAGAACCCGAACGAGAACAACCAGCGCGUGAGCAGCCACCUGGGGAAGCUGUGGCGUUCCCUCAGUGCCGUCGUCAAGGAGCCGUACCAGCGCAAGGCGGCCGAAGCUGCCGUCGUCCACCGAAGGAAUUACCCAGACUACGUCUACAACCCACGUGAGGCCCACCAGCACAAGGGGCAGGAGCGCAGGGCCAAGGCGGUUGUUAGCAAGCCGAAGAAUGGCUGUUCCGGGGACCAGGAGCAGCAGCCGAGCAUUUCCACGGCCGUGGCCCAAGAUCGAGGUUUCCACGAGUUCCAUCAUCCGCCACGACCAACGCAAAUGAACGAACGCCGUGGAACCAGCGCUGCCCGUGGCGGCGCUUCGGGCGCUCUGGUAUCCUCCACACUCCUGAACGACGAAGACGACGACUCGUCAGCGGGCACGUCGUCGUUCGACCAGAGUGGAUACCUGGAGAGCCUGGGCUCUGCAGGUGGUGCCCCAGGCGAAGGUCAGCCAUCGCAGUCGGCAGCUGGCUCCCUUCCAGCAUAUUCGUAUGACCACCAGUAUGCGCCUGCCAAGCGAUCGGCGCCUGUUGCUACAGGCGGGCAUGCGCUGGUGGCGCUGAAAAUUGCGGAGAUGUUCAGCAAGCGGAGUCUCUGA